AUGAAGAAAAUUGCUGAGGGUGUCUCUGAGUUGGUUGAGGGUUUGCGCCCGUCGAGAAGCAACGCCGCACCAGCGCCAUCAAUCCCACAGGUUGCCAGCGUAGAUGGGAGAUGGAGCAGUGGGGGACGUGGUGGUAUUAUGAUGAAAAUACCUAUUGCUGAUCCUGACAUGUGGUUCUAGUUUUGUCCAACAUGCUCCUUGACGAUGACGAACUACUGAUAUGGACGAACAACAUCAACCUGAGCAACACAUCCAUGUUUAUUGAUGUUGCAAGAAUCACAAUCAUAGUCCUUACUCAUACUCGACGAUCAUGUGAAUUAUAACUAGCAUGAACAAAAUUGGCAUCCUUCUAAAACCCCAACCGCCUUUCCAUUCGAGCGAGAUGAUGGC